AUGGAAUUGGAAUUCUUUGCUAAUCGCGAGGGAGCACUCGACCGCUUUGCGCAGUUCUUCCUGGCUCCGAAAUUCACCGCUAGUAUGACCGAAAGAGAGGUACGCGCUGUGGACUCAGAACAUUCGCAACAUCUCAACGACGACCUUUGGCGAGUAGAUCAAGUGAAGCAUUAUCUCUCGAAGCCAGGUCACGAUUACAAGAAAUUUUCAACAGGAAAUAAGAAAACACUACUGGAGGAUCCGCGGGAGAAAGGUGUUCAACCUCAUGAGGCCUUGCUCAAAUUUCACAAAGAGUGGUACAGUUCCAACAUUAUGUCGUUAUGUAUUGUUGACUCGAAACCACUGGAUGUCAUGGAGUCGACCCUGGCAGAUUUGGACUUUGGAGCGAUUGAAAACAAGGGUGUGGAACGAAAAGAGUGGGAAAGUCCAUACGGCGAGGAGCAACUGCGUAAACGUAUUGAGGAAUUCGUUGACAAAGGCUUCGCUUUCGUCAGAGCAUGCAAAUCAAGCGACACCCACGACCAGUUGUUCCUAUUCUGGCAAGGAUAA